AUUAAACUUGUGUCUGCUUUAAUCAAGCGAAUAUACAUACGAGUAUGUACAUGCUUAUGUUCGUACACAAUAUUAUGCAUAUCACAUAUCACAUGCGUUAUUUUUCGUUUGCCUGCUUUCUAUUAUCAAUUGCGGACUGCCGUCGAUUAAGCAAUCCAUUUGUGCAUUGAAUACAUUCAAACACUGAAAAUAGAAAUUUGCUGAACAUACUUGAAAACAUAAAUCGUAAAAAAUUAGAGUAUAAGUUAAUAUUAUCAUAAUGACCGACACCGCAUCCUUUCCCUUCGUGAGGGUGGAAGACCCAUCAGUAUUGAUCCCAGUUUUAGAAAAGCGACUUCCAAAGUCUGCCCUGGUUUAUAAUUCGGCAAAAAUGUACGGGCGAGUAUUCGACAAAAGUCAAGUGUCGUUUUACACACUUUACGGAGAUGUCGAUGAGACAUCGUGGAUUAUUUAUCUACAUUUCAGAGAAGACUACGGUCAGGACUAUCUAAUUUCUGCUGAUGAAGAAAAGUCCAAAAUUUCACGAGAUGAAGCCACUGGAAUACUUUCUUCCUGUUCCUUGUUCAAGUGGGACGAACCAUUUUUCUUUGCGGCUGUGGAAAAAUGGAUCUCUUCCAUCAUCCUCGACAUCAGUGUCAGCAUCAAAGGAAACAUCACCAUGAUCCAUCCUACCUACAUGUUCUAUAAAGAUAUCGAGGAAUGUCUCACGUUGGAUGUCAGUAUCAACGACCAUACUAAGAACGUGCAAGUCCAACGCCUUGAUCCGGAGCUAGGAUUGAAAUUCAUUCUUGACACUUGGAAAUACGCUACAAAGGAUUCUGAUAUUGUUGUUCGAAGGGCGAUUGAGCUGAACAAGUCUGGAGGGGUGUACGUGGACGGGAAACCAGUUUGUGGGGUGAUUACACAAGGUUUUGGUAUCCUAUCAGCGCUUUACACUUUACAAGAACAUCGGAAAAAAGGUUACGCCAAUGCGUGUAUGAAUUUUGCUUACAAGGAGUUGGCAAAGGAAGGUUUGAUACCAACAUCAACCGUAGAAAUUCGAAAUGAAGCCUCAAUUGCGUUUCAUAAAAAACUAGGAUGCAAAAUUGGGUACAAGGCGGAUUAUAUAUUUUUCAUGAACGAUGAAUUUUGACAGAGUUAGAGAAUUAUUGUACUUCUAGGCGAAAUUAUUGUAGUAAAAUACAUCACAUCUCAAUAAAACUCAGCGACCGAGUGAAGCUGUCCAAAUUUUGCUAACG